AUGGAUUUUAAAAUGGAUGGAUAUUUGGAUCAGCAAGUGCCUUACACGUUAGCUAAUAGGACGCAAGGAAAUGGGCCCCUAAAUAGACUGUUGAUGGCAGCGAAAAGGAAGUACAUGGACACCGAAUUGCCCCCUCAGGAAUCUGAAGACCUCUUUCAGGAUUUAAGCCAACUUCAGGAGACGUGGCUCACAGAAGCUCAGGUCCCUGACAGUGAUGAGCAGUUUGUUCCUGACUUCCACUCGGAAAACUCAGUGGCAUUCCACAGCCCACCGGUGAAGAUAAAGAAGGAACCUCAGAGUCCUGGUUCUGACCCCAGUCAGUCCUGCAGUCACAAACAAAGCUUCAGUUUCCCCAGUGGAGAGCAGUGCCUUUAUGCCAGUGCCUAUGAGCAGAAAAGAGCGGCGGCAGUGGCAGCUGCAGCAGCUGCAGCAGCUGCGGCGUCUGCAACGUCUGCGACGUCUGCAGGACCUAAGAGCUCCUGCCCUGGGACCCCGAUGUCCCCCAUGCACCAUUACUCCCCGAAACCCCACAUGGGCGCUCGUCCUGACCCGGCAUACAUGAACCCCCCCUCUGCCAGCCAGUCCCACCCAGGACAAAGCCACAGUUUCCCCAUGAACCCCAGUUCCAGGUUCUCCACAGCCUCGGCAGAGAUGUGCCCCCCGUUUGUGCCUCCAGGACAAGCUCUCCAGCGCAUGCACCCUGCCCCAGGCAGCGGAGGGGGCAGCGCAGGUGGGGGAGGAGGAGGAGGAGGAGGUGGAGGAGGAGGAGGAGGACCGUAUCAUCGGCAGCACUCCGACCCCUGCCUCCCCUACCUGCAGCAGAGCUUUAAGCAGGAGUACCUGGAUCCUUUGUACGACAGGGCGGCUCACCUGCCCGGGCCGCACCCCCAGAGGUUUCCCCCUGCCCACAUGAUGGUCAAGCAAGAACCCACUGACUACACCUACGAACCUGAUGUGCCGGGCUGCCCCUCCAUGUACCAUCACAAUGAGAGCUACCCAAAUCCACAGCACGGCAGCGAAGGCUACAUGUUUGAGAAUGACUCCCGUGUUGUUCCAGAGAAAUUCGAAGGCGAGGUGAAGCAGGAGGCAGGCAGCGUGUUUCGUGACGGCGCCCCCUAUCAGCGCCGUGGCUCACUGCAGCUGUGGCAGUUCUUGGUGGCCCUCCUGGACGACCCCAGCAAUGCGCACUUCAUCGCCUGGACGGGCCGCGGCAUGGAAUUCAAACUUAUAGAGCCAGAGGAGGUGGCAAGGCUGUGGGGAAUGCAGAAGAACCGUCCAGCCAUGAAUUACGACAAACUCAGUCGCUCUCUGCGCUACUAUUAUGAAAAGGGAAUUAUGCAAAAGGUGGCAGGAGAGCGUUAUGUUUACAAGUUUGUUUGCGAACCGGAAGCUCUCAUCUCCUUGGCUUUUCCUGACAAUCAGAGGCCUAGCCUAAAGGCGGAGUUCGAACGCUACGUUAACGAGGAGGACACGGUGCCGCUGUCUCACCUGGACGAGGGGGUUUCCUACCCUCCGGAACCUUCUGCCACCAACAUGGGCCCACAGCCCUACUCCAAAGGCUACAUGUACUAAUGCCCCCAAUACCACCUCCCCUACCCCAGCACCCUUUUCUUCUG